CAGGAGGGAAGAGAGCAGGAAAGAGGCGGGCAGGAGGUUCAGAGCGUCAGAAUCACAGCGGUGAGAGUCGGCAGAGAGAGAGGGGAACGGGAUACUCUGUUCUUGCCCGGCUAGAUAACGCUCCUGGAGAAUGCAUUAAGUCUGUCAGGGCUGUUUGUGUGGAGUGCUGGGGGAGCUUUAAUUCCUGGUGGUCACACGAAGGACUCCUCCACAGGCCGAGUCGUCUCCCCCCAACUCUUAUCUGGAGUCACGCAAACUCAAGGAGGGGGAAAAUGAACUAUGUGAACGUGCUGGCCAAGGCCCUGUACGACAAUGUGGCCGAGUCCCCGGACGAGCUGUCCUUCCGUAAGGGUGACAUCAUGACGGUGUUGGAGCGCGACACGCAGGGCCUCGAGGGCUGGUGGCUCUGCUCGCUGCAUGGCCGCCAGGGCAUCGUCCCCGGCAACCGCCUCAAGAUCCUGGUGGGGAUGUACGACAAGCAGCAGCAGGGUCAGCUCGCCUCCCCCCAGCCGAGCGCCUACAACAAGACCCUGCCUUCCUCUCAAUACACAGCCAUGCACCCCGCCUUCCCAGCGGGGAGCCCCGCCCCCAGCCCUGCCCCAGGCAUACCUGACGCUGUCUACAUGCUACCCCCCAGCCACGGCAAACCCUCCCCCCAAAGCCUCUACCAGGGGCUGACGAAGGGCUCCGUCCCCCUGCAGAAGUCGGCCUCCCCGGCGCAGUACGAGGCCUCAGAGCAAGACGUCUACCAGGUCCCCCCCGGCACGGGUGGCCCCCAGGACAUUUACCAGGUGCCCCCUUCAAUGAGUCAAAGUCAGGACAUCUACCAGAUCCCCCCCUCCAUGGAGAAGAGGAGCUGGACUUCGUCCAAACCUCCAGGAAAGGUGGUGGUGCCCACUCGAAUCGGACAGGUGUACGUGUAUGACACGGGGAAGGCGGAGCAAGACGAGUACGACGUCCCACGGCAUCUGGCACCUUCGCAGGACAUCUACGAUGUGCCCCCCACCCGGAACCAGUACAACCAGCAGGUGUACGACACGCCCCCCAUGGCCGUGAAGGGACCCCCAAGGCAAGAGAGUGGCCAGGAGAUCUAUGACACUCCGCCCAGCAUAGACAAGAGCCAGGCUCUGUCCCAACAAAUGGUGUACGACUUCCCUCCCUCUGUCAGCAAGGACGUGCCAGACGGCCCCAUCAGGGAAGAGACGUACGACGUGCCCCCCCAUUUCGUGAAGGCGGCAAGCCCCGAAAACAAGACCCCGGGUCCCAGCCCGGCCCCUGAGGAUGUGUACGACGUGCCGCCCCCCACUCUGCCGGGCAGGUGGCCCUCGGACAGCCCGGCUCUCGGCCAGGAGGUGUACGACAUCCCGGCCAGCCUGAGGCCUGGUGUCUCCUGCGGGCGGGUACAGGACGUGUACGACUUCCCACGCGAGCGGCCGGCCGGCAGUGAAGACGGCGACGACUAUGUGUACGAUGUGCCGCCGCAGGUAGUGCGUGACGCAGCCUCGGCGACAGGGGGCACUGAGGAGCUUAGCGUCAGCUUCAAGCGGCUCUCGGCCUCCAGCACGGGCAGCACGCGUAGCAAUCUCUCCACCUCCUCCCUGGACCUGGUGCCCGUCAAGGAGUCAUCGUCAUGCUCCUCCUCGGCCGGUGCGGGCCGCCUGAACCUGGAGCUCGAGCCCGCCAUGGAGCGGCUGGUGCGCCUGCAGCAGGCCGUGGAGGGCUCCGUCUCCUUGCUCAUGUCCUUCGUCAGCGGGAACUGGCGCAGCGCCCAGCAGAUGGAGGCCAGCCUCCCAGCGCUACGGCAGGCCGUUGAACGCGUCAAGGUGUCCGUCAGGGAGCUGCUGGAGUUCGCCCGUGGCGCUGUGGCCAACGCUGCCCUGGCACCCGACCGCACGCUGCAGGCCAAGCUGAGCAGGCAGCUCCACAAGAUGGAAGAAGGUUACCAGGGGCUCCUGCAGCACAGCCAGUCGCUGGACGGCACAGGCUGGGCCCUGGGUGCCCUGCUGGCCCCGCCCCCUGGCGGCGACGACCUGGACCGCCUGGUCAUGUGCUCGCGGGGCGUGCCAGACGACACUAAACAGCUGGCCUCCUUCCUGCAUGGCAACGCCACGCUGCUGUUCAGGAAGGCCAAGCAGCAGCCUGCUGAGGCACCGGGCAACAACAAUAACGUCUCGGCCUAUCAGACGGGGCUGCCCGAGAGGACCAACAUCCAGUCCCGCCCCCUGCCCUCACCGCCCAAGUUCACGACGGAGGAGGAGUCCCAAGAGAGGCCAUAUGACACCACGGAGGAAGGCUGGAUGGAAGACUACGAUUACGUGCAUUUACAGGGGAAGGAAGAGUUUGAGAAAAACCAGAAGCAGUUGCUGGAAAAGGGAAACAUCAUCCGACAAAACAAAAGCCAGCUGGAGCAGCAGCAGCUGAAACAGUUUGAGCGGUUGGAACAGGAAGUGAGCCGGCCGAUCAAUAACGACCCAUCCGGCUGGAGCCCCCCGUCACACUGUGGCGCAUCGCGGGGGGGCCUCAGCGCCGGCGACCGCCAGCUGCUGCUCUUCUACCUGGAACAGUGCGAGGCCAACAUCACCACGCUGACCAAUGCCGUGGAUGCUUUCUACUCCGCCAUCGGUGCUAACCAGCCACCCAAGAUCUUUGUGGCGCACAGCAAGUUUGUCAUCCUGAGCGCGCACAAGUUGGUCUUCAUCGGCGACACACUGGCGCGGCAGGCCAAGUCGCCGGAGGUGCGGGCCCGUGUCACGCAGUACAGCAACGCGCUCUGCGAGAAGCUCAAAGACAUCGUGGUGAGCACCAAGACGGCAGCUCUGCAGUACCCGUCCGCUGGCGCUGCCCGGGACAUGACGGAGCGCGUGCGCGAGCUGGCCACCCGCACACAGCACUUCCGCACGGUGCUCACCCAGCUAGCGGCCAUGUGAGGGCGCUCUUGCCCCCUUCCCCCUCCCCCCACGGACCACUGCCUCUUGGGCUUUUAUUCUCCUCCAAAAUGAUGUCUGUCAGACUGGCCAGUUGUGCAUGGAUCUGUGUAAAUACUCAGGCUGCGCUUGGGACGAGUUUCGGAAACAGCAUUACUGAAGAUCCGAAGAGAGACCGUAGUUUUUAGACUGAUCAUUAUCGCCAUUAUCACUUUACUGUAACUGCAAUGAUAUGAAUUUUAAUAGUUGCUAUUAUUAUUAUUAAGGACCGAGCUGAAGGCUGCUUCAGUUUUUAACUCGCAUAUGUAGAAAUCCUUAAUAUAGUUCCCCCCCCCCGGGACAAAUUACAGGAAAAAAGAAAAGCCCCUUCCACUUUUUUGUAAAUCUAAGGAGAGACCAGCGGGGUGUGGACAAUGGAAGACAGGGGCGGGCCACAUUGACAGACCAGUAAUAGUGUCUUUAGGUCUGCCGUUGUCAUGAGACGGGCUCAGCGUGCUAAUUAAAGGAGCCCAAUUAAGCAGACAGCGUGUGUUUUAAUAGAGUCUCUGCUCCGCUGAUGAGAUUGGGGAGUGAUAACAUAGGCCUGUGAGCCUGACUGACUGAGACAAGGCUUUCUAGAAGCUUAGGGGGGAGUGGGGGCCCCUACAGGAGCUGUAUCGUCGUUUCGGAAGUAAAGGGGUCCAUCAGACCGCACGCUGUCUUGAACCCCCACCAGCAAAGACAUGCCACGCUCUGAUCUGCAUUGUGGCAGCAACCCACGCACCCUACCCCCCAGCCUGUCUCCCAGUCCCCGCCUGGACAUCUGUGGAGCCUCCUCCUGCAGGCCAGGGGGUCCCUCCUUCCUUGGGGGGGGGUCUUUAGGCAAUUGGGGAGUAUAAAAAGUCUUCUCUAGCACCACACAAAGGAAACGACACCAGUUUCUGCUAAUCUGGGUAAGAAACACAUUCACAGCGCAGAGACCCUCGUGUGCUACCACUGCUAAUGCUGUGCCAGCACAGCCUCCCCGUCACAGAGAGGGCGUGUCCAGGCAGCCUGUCACGCGCAGGACCUGCCAGCGGACCUGCAUGAGCUCUUAUUUCUCUAACGAGGACUUUAUCGCUCAUCUAUACCUUUUUUUUCAGACCCUGUUAAUAUUCUACACAUUAGAAUGUGUCAGAAACUCCAUGGAGAGGAAUACAACAUGUUGUUGUGUGUAAGUUUGAAGCGAGUGAGAGUACAAGCGUACAAGAAUAAGCACCCAAGCGUACUGGUAUUUGUUGUACUGGUAUUCUGUUCUCGGAUAUGUGUUGUAAGAUUUGAAAAUGUUAAGAAAUAUGUUAAGGACAUACUGUGUAUUAAGUAACUGGAAAAUAUAUGUUUAAUAUAUUUUCAUUAAAAAUACGAAGUGCAA